GCCACGCCGAAGUUGCGCCCGACGAGGAGGAUUAUGGCCGUACAUGGAUGUGGAUGCCCGAUGGUGAUGGCAAACCGCAUGUUGCCUAUCUAACCGAGCCACCCGUGGAUAGUCAGCAAGACGAUGUGCCGGAAUUCGUGCAUGUGGAGCUCUUUGAUAGCGCAAAUACCGCUAAUCCAACAACUAUACAAAUAUCCGUUGCCAAUCAUACUGUCAGUGAAGGUCGGAAGAGUAGACAGAAGCGCGAUACUUGGGAAGAGAUGGCCGGUAAAUUCAAUGCCGAUUUGGAUACGAAAAUUUUGGUACACGGUUGGAAGUCGAGCACGACCAGUGACUCAAUACAAUCUAUACGUGGUGCAUACACUAUGCGCGGGAAUUUGAAUAUUUUCGCAAUCAACUGGCGCGAUCAAGCGGACAAUAUUUACUAUCUGAAACCCGCACGUUACACCGUGCAAGUGGGCCGAGCUGUUGCUAAGCUUAUUGAUCUACUUGUUGAGGAAAAGGAUGCUGACUCCAAGCGUAUACAUCUAAUCGGUCAUAGCUUAGGGGCGCAUAUAAUGGGCUAUGCGGGGUCCUACACCAAAUAUCGUGUUGGCAGAAUCACAGGUCUCGAUCCUGCCAGACCGGCUUUUGAGAACUGCAGCGGACCGGAGCAUCAUUUAGACCCAUCAGAUGCAGAUUUCGUUGAUGUCAUACAUAGUUGUGGUGGCGUUUUGGGGUUUCGUGAACCAAUUGGCUGUGUGGAUUUUUAUCCGAAUGGCGGCGGCGCACCGCAGCCGGGCUGCACAGAGAUUUCACAAAUCUUUACCGGCUGUAGCCACGGUCGUUCCUAUGAGUACUUUGCGGAAUCCAUACAUAGUGAGAAAGGUUUCUAUGCUGCUCCCUGUUCAUCGUUGAAAGAGUUAAUCGGUCGUAAUUGCACGGGUACAAAGAUCUUAAUGGGUGAUCCGGUGCCGUUGAGUGCGCGUGGCAUUUACUAUUUGAAGACUGGUAGUAAACCAGGGUUCGCUUUGGGUUUGGACUAAUGCCAAUAAAUUUUGGAGCAGAUCCGUAAUUAUCUGCUAUGAAAGCAGUGUUCAUGUAUAGGGUAGAGAGAGUUACAUAUAUGUAGCAAUAUAUCUAUAAAUAUAUGCUUAACUAUGAACAAAUAUAAUAAAUGGAACUGUCAAGUACCUUACACAA